ACACCGGAGGAGGAGAGACUGGCGCAAAGUUUGGAAACAAGACGAAAGUCGCAUUGAAAAGUAAAGAAAAAAGCUGUCAAAGAAAAAAAAACAGACAAACAAUGGCAGUGCAUAGCACGGAGGAUUAUUUCAGAACCGCCAACGAAGAACCGCUUUUACCUAACGUACCCGUCGGGGAAAGCUUUCUGGUGACAGGAGCCAUGCCAUUACUGGAGAAAUGGAAAGAGGUUAUUGAGGUGGACAAAGAGCUCAAGGCGCGGAGGAAGGAGUUCGAGUUGAGAAGAGGGAGUUUGCGACAGUAUAGAGAUGAAAUACUGAUGAGGGAAGAAAAACUCAAGGAGUCGCUUCUACACUUUGACAGAUUUCUUCAGGAAAAUGAUGCUAAGCGUGGCAGGGGUGCAAAGAAAGCAGAGAAAGAGAGGGAGAUUGUGCUGCAAAGGGAGGCAGAGAUAGAGAGACUGAAGAGGGAGUGUACUGUAUUAGAGCAGAGAAGACAGAAGCUGCAGCGCAAGGUGCAAAGAAACACUCGGUAUUGGAACUUCUUGGAACAGGUCUUCAAAAUAGCCAAGUUUGAGGAAGUGUGUGAGUUACUGGGUCGUUUCGAGACCCUACUCAUCACCAGAGAACAACUCCGCCUGAGAGAGAGUGAGGUCCAGCAGCAGGCUGACAGCCAGAGAGGAGCCCUGCAGAGAUACACAGACCAGCAGAGCUGCCUGCUGCUGCAGAAAAACAAUCUACUGUCCCAGCUACAGACUAAACUGGACCAGACACGUUCAGAAACUCUCAGAUGGGUACCACCACCAGGCAUAAUCACAUGAAAGUAACUGGAACCACAUCCGGAACACUGCAGAAAAAGAGACACUCCUAGUAGGCCAAAUCAAAAUGGUGACCCUUAAUCUUUAUCAAAUGACAGGUGGAGAGAUAGGGGGA